UUCAUUUUCAUUUUUGUGGGUUGGGGGAUGUAACUCAGGACCAAAAGUAUUGAUCUGGCCCAAAAGGGAAAAAAAAAUCCAAAUUGCUCCAUCUCUGAUAACUGAGACUCACAAGUAACUCAGCCCAUGCAUAAAUUUGUGGGUUUACAAGCAACAAAGUUAGACAAACCAAGUUUCAUAUUGGGUCAGAAGAAUCCACUGAAAUAGGCUGAUGGAGCAUUGAACAAUGGGCCUGCUAGCCUCCACGUGUAGCUAGCUUUGACCAGAUCUUCUGCCACGUACGGUAACGAACUAGCGCAUGACUUGCAAGGCUGACAGAAAAGGAGGGAAUGUAUAACCAACCGCUUCAGACUUUGAUAGCUCUAGAGUAAAAGCACAACCACUUAUUCAAUGAUCUAAACCCAAAUCUCAACAACAAAUGGAAAAUGGAAGAAGAUCUCACUCCUCAAUGCCUCUUGUUUCCAGGAUGGAUCAUUUGGAUUUCAUUAUGAAGUAUUUAGAAGGAAAACGAAGUUUGCAGAAAGGAAUGGAAAAGGAACGCAUGCCAUUAGAUUUGGCAAUGAGAGAAGCUUACUUCAAAGGGUCGUUGUUGGACAGGGUGACAUCUCUUGAACAUAGACUUUUUCAGCUAUGCUUGGAGUUGGAAUCUAGUAGCACUUCAACAUCCACAUCUGGUUGUGCAACUUCCAGUGUAGGAUCCAGAUCAGGGCAACCAAUAUCUCACUCAUUACCAACUUUCACCAGCUCAAAUCAAGCUCACAAACAAGCAUCUCAUCAAGCUCUGUUUACCAGGUCUGAAAUUCAGGAAGAAUCUGAAGCAAUAUUGCUACAAAAGAAGAAAGAUCCAAAUCCUCUUAAGGAUCAAGUUGGGAACAAAAGAAGCAUCAAGAAAGAAAAAACAGGCAAAAGUGGAAAGAAGGUAUCUCCCAAGUGGUCACAUUGGAAAAUAUUGGGUUGCUAAUUAACCUGCCUUUCUCUCCAACUUGUAGUUUAGUUCUUCAAACUUUUUUUUUCUUUUCAAUGACAUAUUUGGAUAUGCCAAUUUCAAUUGUUUAAAUUAGUUUUACCCUCUUGGUUGCUGUAAUCUCAGCUAUGCCAGGUUGCAAUGACUUGUUAAGACAUCUUGUAGGUGUAUUUCUCUUUCCCCCCUCGCUAAUAAACAAAUAAAGAGGCCUAACU